AUGACACUCCCAACCCCUGGAGCAGUGCUCACCUCUCUGGUCAACACGAUCACCUCCGUCCCAGCCCCAGCAACCAGCCCCAACACCGCCCCAUCGAACCCCCUUUCUGGUCUCCCGCCUGCCAUCCGGCCCCUCCUUGCAACCCUGCACGUCCUCUAUCCAACCCUCCUCCUGCCAGCUCUGGACCUCCUCGACCGCUCUCUCGUCACCCGCGUGCUUCCCGAGCGAGCUGUGCAGGGAGAGACGGCCGAGAACGAGGCGGCGGCCUUCUACCUCGUGCGCUCGGCGGCGGCGACUUCGAAGCGCAACGCAUACGCCGCGACGCUGUCAGCGCCGUACAUUGUGCAUCUUGACGCGUGGAACUGCUCGUGCGCCAAUUUUGCGUAUGAGGCGUUCCCCAUCCGCGUGGACGGGGACGAGGAUAUCCUCGAAGCCGGGACGGACGUGGACGGCCCAGCAGAAGAGGAGGCGAUCGAAUGGCGAUUUGGAGGCAUGAGCUCUGACGGGCAGGACGGCGGCGCGGCCGUGUCAUGCUGCAAGCAUCUACUGGCCAGUCUACUGGCUGAACGAUGGAAGGUCCUGGGGAGUCAUGCUGUCGAGAGGCGAGUCUCCAGAAUGGAGAUGGCGGGCAUGGUAGCUGAAAUGUAA